AUGCCCAAAAGGCGGCACCCAUAUGUUGUGCACACAGAUGAUGAAGCUAUGAAGCCUGAACAAAAGGAACUGGGAGCUUCUCAAUUGCCGCAAGCAGAUACUCUAAGUGAAGAUGUAAACACUCACUGCUCAGUUUGUGAUUUCUCCGCAAAAUGCCCAAGAUCGCUGAAGAUUCACUACGCAAGAAAACAUAAAAAGCGGUCAGAUGAAGCUACAAAACCUGCUGAGGACAUUCAAACCAUGUCUGAUGAUAGUCCGGGUGAAGCUCAAACAGAGACAGGCAUGGAGACAGAAACAUCUGCAGAGUCAGAUCCAGGGCCCGGGCAAUUAAUAUCAAGAUCUGCUUCUCCUGGUGAUGAUUCAGUCAAGCAGAUCACAUUCAGUCAAGAGAGAAGAGUGAGCAAACGAACCCCCAAACCCAAGAUUAUCUAUUCAUGCAACUACUGUGGACACGAGUUUCGGGACAAAUCUCCUCUUGAUGUACAUGUCCAACGAUACCACAGCAAAGACAGCCCACACUUGGUUGAUGCAGAAGAGGACAGUGAUGAAGAGAAUGAGAACACUGAAAGUGCUUUCAAGAUAAACCCUGUACAAGUGGACCCAUUGCAUACAAAGAUCACGCUCAAACUUAAAUGUGCAAACUGUGAUUUCAAGGUUUCCACAAUUCCAUUGCUGGAGAGGCACGCUCGUCUCAAGCACCCAGGCCUGGAUUGGUACCGCUGUAAAUUGUGUAAUUUCUUUUGUGCCACUUCUGAAAGGAUGGACCAACACCUGUGCUCAAAUAUUCAUAAGCAACAUAUGCUGAACAGGGAAAAUUGUGCUUCUCAUUCCUCCGCAGUUUAUGUUGAGAGGGUAGCCAAAGGAGAUGGGGGUGGUGACGGCACAGAGGGUGUAGGUCAGGGAAACAAAGAGGAACCGGAAGAUGAAACGGAAGAAGUUGUGUUAAAUAUGGAAGAUUUGGAAUCAGGGCCACCAAAACCUAAAAGAGGGCGACCUAAACAAGCAUCUUCAACCAAGUGUGGUUAUUGCGGCUUGGUUGUUUCUAAUGCUACCAACCUCGGUGUGCAUGUCCGCCGCAAACACAGUAAAGAGUAUGUUUACAAAUGUACUUUGUGCUCCUACAGCUGUGUGACCAAAGGAGACAUUGAUCGCCAUUGUAUCACAAAUAAACAUAGGAAACGUGUACAACAGUUUGAACGUGGCUCUGUAGAAACACAAUCCCAGGAACAGAUGGAAGCUUCCGAGACAAUAGACAUACAACAAGAUUCACAAGGCUCUAAAAAACACAGUGAAGAAGAUCAAACACUGUCGUCGAAACACCCAAUAGAAGGUGAAUAUGUCUCUGUUACCUGCAGUCACUGCGAAUUUACUGCUAACUCAGUCCCCUCCCUUGAGCUUCAUGUGAAACGAAAGCACACCAGAGAGUUUGAAUAUGUCUGCUUGGCAUGCAGAUAUUAUGCUGUAUCAAGUGGGGAAAUGGCUCGCCAUGCCAGCACAGAAAGACACAAGCAGAAAAGCCAAAAAUUCCAGGAACACCAAGAGAAUGGUGGCCAAAAAUCGUUGCCUACCCUGGCAGAACUCAAUGAGGUCAUUGAUCUUAGUGGUGCUACGGUUCAUCUAGCGUCUGAACCUUUAAGCUCCUCGGAUGAGCCAAAGCUAAUGUCAGAAGAAAGCCAAAAAAAUAAAGAUAGUUGUACAGUGGAAGCUACUGGCCCCAUUGAGGCUGCUAAUGUGUUAGCUGGCAAAGAAAAGGGGGAACAACCAGAGAGCGUUGUAUCUUCUGCUGGUGAUGAUCAAGGUCUAAGUAACUGUAUAAUAGGGCAAACAGCCCAGAUUGAGUAUAUGCCCCAAGCAGAAAUAAAGCAUGAGGUGGAGAAGGGUGUACAGCAAGAAAUACAAGAAAAUGAAGACAAAUGCAUGGAAAGGAAGAGCACAGAAAAAAGCUCUAGUUCCGUUCCAAGAAUCAUCUCUACUGCCCGACCAUUUGAUCCUUGCAUUGUGCUUGUAAAGGCGCUAGCUGAGCAGGGGGAGGCCUCACCGGAGGGUGCUGCUCGUGAAGGUGAGGCUGCUGUUAAAGGCUUGACAGAGGAAGCAUCAGUAACCUCUGGGGUGUUGCCCCAUUAUGUCAAAACACUUGAAAACAUGGAAAAGAGCAUCCAAACCAAAGUAAAAAACACCAGAAUUCGCUGUGAUUACUGCGGCUUUUUGGCAGAUGGACUUAGUGGCCUGAAUGUUCAUAUCUCAAUGAAGCACCCAACCAAGGAUAAACAUUUCCAUUGUAUGGUUUGUGGAAAGUCAUUCUAUACUGAGAGCAACUUCCAUCAACACCUGGCCAGCGCUUCCCACCUCCGAAAUGAACAGAACAGCAUUGAGACUGUGGACGGCGAGGCGUGCUUUAAAUGCACAAAAUGCACUGAUCGCUUUGAAACGGAGAAAGAGCUGUUUAUUCACAUCAAAGAGAAACAUGACGAGCUGGUGAGACAAGUAAACAAAUAUGUGAUAGAGGACACAGAACAGAUCAAUCGUGAGCGGGAGGAGCACCAAGGUAACAAGUGCAAGUACUGUGGCAAGGUGUGCAAGAGCAGUAACUCCAUGGCCUUCCUGGCACACAUCCGCACACACACCGGUUCAAAGCCAUUUCUAUGUAAAAUCUGCCACUUUGCAACAGCUCAGCUUGGAGAUGCCAGGAACCACGUGAAAAGGCACCUUGGCAUGAGAGAGUACAGAUGUGACAUCUGCGGAUGGGCUUUUGUGAUGAAGAAACACCUCAACACCCACCUACUUGGAAAACAUGGGAUUGGCCAACGUAAAGAAAGGAAGUUCGAGUGCAAGUUGUGCGAGCGCUCCUUUAGUGAAAAAUGGGCCCUAAACAACCACCUGAAACUGCACAGUGGGGAGAAACCGUAUAAGUGUUCCUGGCCAGCUUGCCACUACGCCUUCCUCAACCUGUCAGCCAUGAAAGACCAUUAUCGCACACACACUGGUGAAAAGACUUUCCUGUGUGACCUAUGUGGUUUUGCUGGAGGUACACGACACGCUCUCACUAAGCACAGGCGCCAGCACACAGGCGAGAGACCCUUCAAAUGCAAACUAUGCAGCUUUGCUUCUACAACACAGUCCCACCUGUCAAGACACAAUCGUGUUCACACUGGGGAGAAACCAUAUCGUUGCCCCUGGUGCGACUACAGAUCUAACUGUGCUGAGAACAUUCGGAAACACAUUCUCCACACAGGAAAACAUGAAGGAGUGAAGAUGUACAACUGUCCAAAAUGCGACUACGGCACAAACUCUCCUAUAGAGUUCCGCAACCACCUAAAGGACACCCACCCUGAUAUUGAGAAUCCAGACCUUGCUUACCUACAUGCAGGUAUCGUGUCCAAGUCUUUCGAUUGCCGUCUUAAAGGCCAGGGGGCUUCUUUUGUAGAGACAGAAGUUGUGGACCCUUCUGUGGAUAGUAAGCUCUGUGAUGAAGACUCCAUCCAGCAGGUCAUCAUCAUCCAAGGCUAUGGCGAUGGAGAUAUGGCCAUCGACCAGACGCUGGAGGAGUCUGCUGCUGCAACCCUGCAGACACUGGCCAUGGCGGGCCAGGUGGCAGAAGUGCUCCACAUCACAGAAGAUGGGCAUGUUAUCACAUCCGGUAGGGAGGUAGCAUCCGCGGGGGCUGAGCUUGCCAAAGGGAGCACCCGGUAUGUGGUGCUGUCAGGAGGAGAGGCUGCGACUGAGCUACAGGCGGUAGCUGGAGAAGCGGCAGGGGAGGCCGCCGAAAAAAGUCAUGCCGUGUCAGAGUCUUCCACAGCUUUGGAUGCUCUGCUCAGUGCUGUGAGCAAGAUGGAUCAUCAGGAGCAAAUGCACGGAGAGGUCUCGGCCGUUCACCAGGUCCCGGCCUCCGAGAUGGGUGAGCCCGUACAGAGUGAAGUGCAGUCUUUGGUCAAACCGGAGGAAGUCAAUGACCAGAAAAGUCGGGAGGACAUGCAGAACCUGCUGCAGCUGGCAGCCUCUCAGAUGAUAAAGGAAGGCCUCACCCAGGUCAUCGUCAAUGAUGAGGGCACCCACUACAUUGUUACAGAGUUGGAUGACUGCACCCUACAGGUGGAGGGAGGGGUGUAUGAGGCGGCUGAAGCAGGUGACCAAGAAGAGCAGCAGGCUGACGGCCGUGACGAUGAGGCCCUUUAA